AUGACUUCUACUACUACUACACAGCAACAGCAUCAUCCAAGCAGACAACGACGACCACUACUGUUAGAUGUACUGGCUCCUUUGGUAACGCUCCUUGGCCUGUACAUUUUUAUUACGUCCUUCUUUUUGGCCAAACGAUCGUUGCCGCACAAAUCCGAGUGUGACGAAGCGUCCCAGUUGCUGGAAUCUACCUUGGGAUUGUCCUCCAGUGAGACGCAAAAAUUGCGGGACGCCAAAUUACUCCAAGGAUGUUGGAUGGAACGUCGUGUCGAUUCCAUGGUCGUCAUUGUCAUUGACGCCUUGCGAUUUGAUUUUGCUUUGCAUCAUUUGCCACGGUCCGUGGGAGCACGACUUGGCAAUGGCGCUGGUAAUUCCUCGCGACUCCUCCAAUUUGUCGCAGAUCCACCGACGGUCACCAUGCAACGACUCAAAGCCUUGACGACGGGAGGUCUGCCCACAUUUGCCGACAUUUCGGGCAACAUGGGAGGGGCAUCCGUAGAAGAAGAUACAUGGAUUCAACAAAUCCAAACGACACCCUUUGCGAAACGACACUUGUCCGUCAAACCACGGAUUGCCUUUGUGGGAGAUGAUACGUGGUUGGACUUGUUCCCACACUCUCUCGAUGAAGCCUAUCCCUAUCCAUCGUUCAAUACACGAGAUUUGGACACGGUAGACAAUGGAUGCCUCCAGCACAUUCCCGAUUUGUUGGCCCAACAGAGAACAUCUACCAACAACAAGGCACAAGAAGUCUUGAUUGUGCACUUUUUGGGAGUCGAUCAUGUCGGACAUACGUAUGGACCGCAUGAUGAACACAUGGAUGCCAAACUCCAACAAAUGGACGCGGCAUUGCUGGAGUUGCUGGAAAAGUUGGAUCAUCAACAAGAUUCGUGUUCCGUGGCGUUCAUCUUUGGAGAUCACGGCAUGACCGAAGAUGGCAAUCACGGUGGGGGAAGCGAAGAAGAAAUCAAUGCGGCACUCUUUGCCCACUUUUCCCCGGCGUGUGGCGUCAUGACGGACCUUUUGUUGGAUGACAACGCUUCGCCCAGCCACGAUGCGCAAACCGCCUUUACCAGUAUCCAUCAAAUUGAUCUCGUGCCGACCAUAUCCUUGCUCCUGGGAAUGCCCAUUCCCUAUGCCAAUUUGGGAGCACUGGUACCGGCUCUCUCCCUCUUUUCCACGGCAUCGCAGACCGCCGUGGCAUUGGCGUUGAAUGCGGCGCAAGUGUGGAGGUACUUUACCGAGUAUUCACGAACCGCCAAUCAACUUCCCGGUUUGGACGAACUGGAGGAACGGCUUCUGCAUGCCGUGACGGUGUGGAAAGAGGCAUUGGCAACCGGGGAAGACUCCACGGCGACGUUGAAAGCGUGUAGUCUCUUCAAAUUAUUCUUAUUGGAGGCACUACAGUUAGGACAACGGGUGUGGACCCGAUUUGAUACCACGGGUAUGACAAUUGGGAUUGUUGUCCUUUUUGUUUCUGUCAUUCUGUGGAUUGUGCCCUUCUUUCUACAAACAACAACAAACGAAGGAGAUCCAUCAUCAGUGUGGUCCAUUCCAAUGCCAGGGCAGCUGUGGGAACUCUUAUUGACAGCACUGUUUGUCGUCUUCUUUUGUGGAAUGUUGACUUUUGGAAACAGUUACAUUCUGGAAGAGGAACACGUCUGCAUGUACAUGAUUGGGAUCUUGGGGUUCGUGUUGGCAGCGAGGUCAGCUGCCGCUACUCAAAGCAAUAAUGCAACCACAUCCUACGUCAAACGAUACGCUCCGCUUGUCAUCCCGGUGGCAUCUCGUCUGGGCGAACUCUUUGUCACUGGCCAUGGACAAGAUCCUUCGACACGGGCCCACACAGCGCACCAUCCCAUGAUGUUCCUUUCCAGUGUCGUACUGCUCAUGGCCGGUCGGUGGUACCUCUGUGAUGGACUCCAAUUCACUCGCUCGCGACAGCACAUGGCACUAGAUCUUGCCACGUUGGCUUUCUUGGCACAGGCAUGGUGGGAGAAAAGACAACCCGAGUCAGAUCGCCACGGAUUUGCAGGAGCUCGUUGCGCCAUUGCCUUGGUCCUACUGAGUUUGCCCUGGUCCAUCUAUCAGGCAUUGACUACGGUCCACGAGCGACAAAACCAACAAUACCAGGAACAGCUGCGGAACAAACCUCCCACGACACUCUCUCUGCCUCCCGGGGAUGCCGUGACCAUCAUCUUCAAACUACUGCUUCUCGUGAUGAUCGUGACCGGUCCAUCGUCUGCGACAUCGGCAUUGCUCUUCUCGGCCCAGGCCGCGGCAGUCUUUCUUCUUUCUGGCAUGACAGGGCCUUCCAUGAUCCCAUCUGCAGUCUUGGCUGCACUUUGGAGGUUCAUCAUUCGCCACGUCUUCUUUGCUACCAAUCAUGGUUGCAGCUUUGCCAGGUUGCAACUGUCUUCAGCUUUUGUGGCAACUAGCGUCUUCAAUUUUGCGUUUGCUGGAUUGUCUUUGUUCAUCAAUACAUUUGGCUGGGAAAUCAUGGGUCUCUGCUUUGCCUGGCUAGUUUCUUCUAAUGCUAUGCAUACAGCCAAGAUGUCUGGUUUUCCCCGACGAACCGAUCCCUGGAGAUGGUAUUGUCUCUACCAGCUGAUUGAGACUCUAUGUUCGAGUAUUUCAGUGAGCGUACUGAGGCGUCACCUAAUGGUGUGGGAUAUCUACGCUCCACACUUUAUGUUUGUGGCACUCUUUACAAUAUUUUAUGCGGCAUUCCAGCUCUUGGUUUGCUACUUUGGCUACCAAUCCAAUCAACGAUAG